GUUAUAAAUGAUAGCGAUCUAGCCAUGGAUUAUUUUUUUGUUUUAUACUUUAUAUUUUUAAUUAGAGUUUUUAAAACUAGCGCAAUUAAAAAGGACGAAUACCAUGAAGAAUUGUUCAUCAAGCCGCUUGAUGGUUUCAUUUAUUCAUAUUUCCAAUUUACCACUAUAUGGGAAACACCAUUUAAAAAUGAUUUAUUCGAUCACUGUCAUCUUUUCCCUAGACCUAUGGGUGAAAUAAUUCAGAGACAUAAUGUGCAAGAACUUCACUUAUCCUUAACCAAAGGAAUUUGGAGAUACAAUGCAUGGGGAUAUCCUGUGAAAUCUGCCCCUCCCGGUGCAGAGGUUUGGGCUUGGUUUAAGCCCAAUACAACUAAUAUUGAUGCUAAAUGGAGAGAAUUAACUGGUGCCUUAUCGGGACUUCUAUGUGCCUCUUUGAACUUCAUUGAUUCACAGAAUACCAUCAGCCCUAGAAUUUCAUUAAGACCAGAAGGCAUUGAAGCUAAACCAUCACAUCUUGAACCAAAUAGUCAUGAAAGAUUGCGUUAUUCCAGUUUACCUAGAGAAAUAGUUUGUACUGAAAAUUUAACCCCAUGGAAAAAGCUACUUCCAUGUAACUUGAAGAGGGGUCUUUCUACACUCUUGAAUUCAGAUAAUAUCUAUAAUACAGUUUAUCAUUCUUUAGGGGUUCAUUUUAGACCUAUCUGUUUGGAUAAAUUAUGUAGUAGGAAAGGAAUUGAACUUGUUCAGACUGUUUCUCUAGUAUAUGAUUAUGUAAUUAUUAGCGAUAAUGAUCCACAAUGGUCUAUCCUACGACUUUUUGGGCAAGGGCUGGGGAAAGCCUGUCCACUUGCCAAAACCGCCAAUAUUUACAUAGAUAUCACUUCGAAUCAGACUGGAACAAGUUUCACCUUAAAACCUUCAAAUUACAAAGUAUUAACUAGUACUAGAGGAGGACAAACAACAAAAUUAGCUGCAUUUGACACAAAAGCGAUGGGGUACGCUGGACUCUAUAAUAUUGAAAUGAGAUUUUCUAAGGGUCCUCUCUCAGUAGUCAGAAAUAGAGUUCCGCCUAUUGUCUCUGCAGAGCGAUCUCUAACAGGUUAUGGACAAGAAUUUGGAGGCAUUAAAACAAGUAUUAAAAAUCGAUACCGUGCACCUAUUAAAAUAAUAUUGCUAGAAGCUAUUCCUUGGUAUGUUUCUGUAUAUCUUCAUACUUUAAAAGUAUUUAGCAACGGAAUCGAUCUCAAGCCAAUCAAAAGAGUAUUUCAUCCUGGUCGAGAAAGAGAGCGACCUCAUCAAUUGGAACUUGUUUUGGAAUUGCCUCCUAAAUCUGUCACUACUGUAUCCAUUCAGUUUGAUUAUACAUUUCUUAAAUGGCUUGAGUACCCUCCUGAUGCACAUCAUGGGUUUUAUGCUGGUGGUAGCUCUAUCACUGCUUUCCUCCCAGUAGCUAGAAAUUACACUGGAGUUCCAAUUCAAUAUAGUCUAUUUUCAUCUAGCAUAAAUGCUAGCGAAAGAGGAUAUGUUGUAAGAUUGACAACUGAAACACUGAUCAUUUCAUUGGCUACUCCUGAUUUCUCAAUGCCUUACAAUGUCAUCUGCCUUGCUUGCACUGUUGUAGCAUUAGCAUUUGGACCUUUACAUAACAUCACAACUAAAAGAUUUGUUGUAUCAAGUGAAAAAGAAAAGAAGGGACUUUUACGAUCUCCUAUUUCAUAUCUCAUUGACCAGGUGAAGAAAUUACGGACAAAUCGAAAUGCUUCAGAAGAUUCAACACAAAAUUUAUCUACGAAUGAAAAUGAUCCAAAAGAAUCAUCCACUGAAAAAUAGUAUAAGAUAAACCAAAAAUUUAGUUUAAUGAUUUCUGUGAUAAUUGUAAAACGAUGUCAUCUUCCAUGAAGUUGUCAUAGGAAAAGUUUUACUCUUAAUUUCAAUCUAAGUUAUACUCAUCAUUUCCAUCCUAUAAAUUUAUGAGUAUUAUUGCCAUUCUCUGCUUUAAGAUUGAAAAAAAUUUACCAAAAAGUUUGUACAAAUUUAGAUUUAUUUUAAUUUUUAGAUUAGAGCUUAAAAUAGUAUUUUAUCAUUAUUUUUUUUAAGCUCAGAGGAUGAUGUAAAUUUGUCAACAUUUAAAAGAAGUUCUGGUUUUUGUAAUAUUUUGGAAGGCUUGUUUAAUAAUUAUUAUAUAUUAAAAAUAUGUUCAAACUGUACUUAUCCAUGACAUAAAAUUUGGAAUCCUCUUUUAAAAUACAUUUUCUAAUAUUGAAAAUUCUCAUUCCAACCCUUAUUUAUGAUUGUUUGUUUAUUUGUUUAUGUUCUUCUAGAGAAGUGUAAUUUUUUCGGCUCGUCUCAGUUUAAUAUAGCGAACCAACCAAAUAAAUGUAUCAGUUAAGAUCGUACUGUUUUGUAACAUUUCCAUUUUUAUUAGAUAUAAUAUGUUGUUAUUUCCCACCUUGACUGAGAUUUCACUGAAUGGUCAGUUUGUGUGCAUUUAUAAAUGUUUUUAAAUAAAUAUUAUUCAUAUUUUCAA